CUGGUAGUUUUUAUUUGUCAUAAGCGCUGUAAGCUACAUUGUGAGGUAUUUUCGUUAAGCUGUUAGAAAUGUCUGCAUUCACAAUUCGGAGUGCUUCGUUCGCUCGUGGUUUUGCUGCGAAGUUGCUUGGUAAGACCGCUAACACCCAGAACUACUGGAGACGUAGCAAUGCAUUUUUGGAUCUUUCAUCUGCAGUGCAAAAGGCGGAAAAUUUUACUCCGAGAAUGGACCAAAAUACGAUCCACUUAUGUGAUGACAGCUAUCAGCUUAACAAUAUUAGAUUCCCUCAAGUUUUUUUAGUGUUCGAUUCGCAUCGUGUUAAAGUAGCUCUUAAAACUUGCUUAAGUCGUAUCGUCAAUUGCAACGGUAAUGGCGAUUCGGAUGAUAAUGGCGAUCCUGCUGAGGAAUCUGGUAGUGAUGAGAACCGCAAUCCUUCUGAUAGUGGUCUUCCGAGUAUUGAGACGGAUGAGUCUUCAGACAGCAAUAAUGAUCGUUCUAAUCGUUCUUCUGACAGCGGUUUUCCCCCGAAUAGGGAUCCGAACAGAAAUUCUGAUCGUUCUUCAGACAGUCCUCCAGAUGAUAGUGGUGAUUCGGAGUCGUCCAGCGGUCAGUCGUCCAGUGGUGGUUCGGAGCCGUCCAGCGGUCAGUCGUCCAGUGGUGCUUCGAAGCCGUCCAGCGGUCAGUCGUCCAGUAGUGAUUCAGAGUCAUCCAGCAGUGAGCCGUCCAGUGGUGAGUCGUCCAGCAUAGAAUCACCGUCUGAUGUUGAUAUGCUCAGCGCCGUCAGCAGUUUUGAUGCAUCCAGUAGAGAAUAUUCUGAAAUGUCCACAUCGUCUGAUCCUUCUCCUGAACCCUCUUCAAAACCUUCACCAGCCGCUGAACCCGCUUCGGAACCUGCUUCAACAUCUGCACAGGCUGCUGGACCUGCUUCAACAUCUGCACAGGCUGCUGGACCUGCUUCAACAUCUGCACAGGCUGCUGGACCUGCUUCAACAUCUGCACAGGCUGCUGGACCUGCUUCAACAUCUGCACAGGCUGCUGGACCUGCUUCAACACCUACUCCUGGACCAUCUCCAAAACGUAAAUUAUCUGAUCACGUUAACCCCGCUUCGAAACGUAAAGUGACUGAUGAAACGGAUUCGGAUAGUGAUGACAUCGAGGAUUGGACAGGAUAAGAUGGUGCCCACUUUUACGUGUGAAAAAAAGAACUUUAUGUGAAUAUUUUGUUUUAGCUUCUUAUGGUAGAUAUAAAUUUGUAACUGUUGCAUCCUAUACUAAGAACUUAACAAAAUAUUAAGAGUGAGCUUUUUAUACAUGUCCUGAUACUUUUUAUAUCUGCAUUAAUUUCAUUUGCUUUUUAGAUUAUUCUUAUUUAAAAUUUAGCUUUAAUAAAUUCUUAUUUUUGAAAGUUC